UUUACAGAAAUAGAAAGUGGCAGCGCAAAUGGUAGAACUUGGUAGUUGAAACAGGUAGCACCAUUAAAAAAAAAUACGAAAGUAAACAUGGCGAGUGACCCAGAUGAUUUUGAUCAAAAUAUUGAAAACUUAAAAGCAACAGUAAAACAGUCAUUCGCUCGCAUUUACGCCUCUCUAAAGGCGAGGGAACUCAAGACGCUGAGGCAGCUCGACGCUAUACGUAAACAAUGCCAAAACGACAAUGAUCUGAAGCGGAACUGUGUUCAAAAUAUCCAUAUAUCUUAUGACAAUGAGUCCACAUUACUAGAUAAUGUAAGUAAUUACGGUUUAAUCGAUUUAGAAAAGCUUAAUUUUGAUAAUAGUAUAUUUACUCUGGAAGAGUACGUAAGUCCGAAUGAUGACCACAUGUACUCCUAUAAAACUAUCGGGGAAUUGAGUAACGAAACGGAUGAAAAUUUGGCUAUAGAAGAGGCAGCUCUGAGACAGUUGACUAGAACGGAGAAUUGUGUGUGUUACGUGAACAUAAGAACUGAGGAAGUUUCCAAACAGUUCAGAGAAGUUAUAAUUGAUCCUGUACCGGUUAUGCCACCGCAAGAGCCUGAAUGUGUAGAAAAUAAAGAAGCAAUCAGUGAGAACGUUACAGAAGAUGAAAAGAGUGACAGUUCUGAUCCUGAAGUAGUUAAGAUAGAUCCUACCGAUGAUUGGUUGAAUUCCAUAAAGAGUCAAACCGAGACCGAGCCUUCGCAAGUAAGUGACGUAAUGGAGCACAGUACAAUAACUUGCUCUUAGAUAAUAAAUAGAGUAAUAAUAAGUAAAUUUACUUAAAUCUUGUUACUUAUAGAUUUUAAUAAAGUUUUAUAUUUUUACGCAUAAAACUGCUGA